GGAGUCACCUGAGAUAGGAGAAUGGAGGGACGUGGUUGGUCUGGCCUUUGACCUGAGCUCAGGGGCAGAAGGUCCCGGGAGCAGGUACGACCCCUCCUGCCGGGCACACACAGGGGACGGAGGUGUGCGGACGCCCGGCCCCGAGCCGCCGGGCGCAGGCCCCCCUCGCCCUGGCCGACACCUACAUUUGCAUCGCAGACCGCGCGCCGCCGACACACCUCCGAGCUUCCGGAGCGCGCCCGGCGCCCGGGCUCAGCGGCAGGUGCCUCGCCGCGCAGACUCCCGGACGCGGGGACCCGUGCGGGCAGGGGCCGGGGCGGGGCGGUGGCGCACGUUCCCCGCCGGCCACACGGCCGCCCUGCGCCCGGCGAGGGGCGUGUGCGCGGGCCCCAUGUUCACGGAGCUGAGCACCCAGCUGAGCCCCCCGCGAGGCCGCGCCGGGGCUGUGCGCGCGGGAUUCGGAGAGCGCCGGGAUGUGGACGCCACUGCCCACUUCAGCUUCUGCCGGACCCUCCUGGAGCACACAAUGUCAGCUGAGAGCAUCCCCUGCCACUUGCCUAGGACUCCAGGCACCAGCCUCACCUGGCAUGACUCACGAAGCCAGAGGGCAGCUGGUGGCCGGCCAGUCAAGCUCCUGCAGCAGCCUGGCACAGAGGCCCCCCAGGGCCGGCUGUACUCUGACCACUGUGGCCUGUACCACACGAGCCCCUCACUGGGUGGCCUGACGAGGCCUGUGGUCCUGUGGAGUCAGCAGGAUGUCUGCAAGUGGCUCAAGAAGCACUGUCCCCACAACUACCUCGUCUACGUGGAGGCCUUCUCCCAGCACGCCAUCACCGGCCGGGCACUGCUUCGGUUGAAUGCGGAGAAGCUGCAGCGGAUGGGACUGGCACAGGAGGCCCAAAGGCAGGAGGUGCUGCAGCAGGUGCUGCGCCUACAGGUGCGCGAGGAGGGGCGGAGCCUGCAGCUGCUCAGCCAAGCAAUGACUGAUCCUUUCUGUGUUGGAGGCGGCCGCCGACUCCUGGGGUCCAGCAAGAGUGGGCCUGGGAAGGAUGGCGGCCAGAGUGAGGUCCGGCUUCCUGUGCGGCGCGACCCAAAGCUGGGGUUGCCGGUGGCCCGGGGUGGGCAGACAAUGCCUAGCCAGGCCCCACUCUGCUUUGACCCGGGAAGUCCAGCCAGCGACAGGACAGAAGGGAAGAAAAAGGGGCGUCCGAAAGCUGAGAACCAGGCCCUCCGAGACAUUCCCCUCUCUCUGAUGACCCAGUGGAAAGACGAAUUCAAGGUGCACUCACGGGUGAAGUGUCCCAGCUCAGGGUGCUGGCUGGAGUUCCCCAGCAUCUACGGGCUCAAGUACCAUUACCAGCGGUGCCAAGGGGGUGCCAUCUCAGAAAGGCUGACCUUUCCCUGCCCCUUCUGUGAGGCCGCCUUCACCUCCAAGACCCAGCUGGAGAAGCACCGGAUUUGGAACCACAUGGAUCGACCCCUGUCUGCCCCCAAGCCUGGGCCAGUCAGCCGGCCAGUCACCAUUAGUCGGCCCGUUGGGGUCAGCAAGCCCAUUGGAGUGAGCAAACCUGUCACUAUUGGCAAGCCUGUGGGUGUCAGCAAACCCAUCGGUAUCAGCAAGCCAGUGACGGUCAGCAGGCCUAUGCCGGUCACCAAGCCAGUGACAAUCAGCAGGCCUGUGCCGGUCACCAAGCCAGUGACGGUCAGCAGGCCUGUGCCGGUCACCAAGCCAGUGACGGUCAGCAGGCCUGUGCCGGUCACCAAGCCAGUGACAAUCGGCAGGCCUGUGCCGGUCACCAAGCCAGUGACGGUCAGCAGGUCCGUGCCGAUCACCAAGGCUGUGCCGGUCACUAGACCUGUGCCCGUCACCAAGCCCAUACCAGUCACCAAGCCCAUACCAGUCACCAAGUCUGUGCCCGUCACCAAGGCAGUGACCACAAACAAGCCGGUGCCGAUGACAAAACUUGUGACAGUUACGAAACCUGUGCCAGUCACCAAGGCCGUGCCAGUCAGCAGGCCCGUGGUGGUCAGUAAGCUGGUGACCGUCAGCAGGCCCGUGGCCCUCGGCAGACACACACCGUCCUGCAAGAUGGUGCUGCUGGCCAAGUCUGAGAACAAAACUCCCCGGGCCACGGGGAGGGCCGGUGGGAAAAAAAGGGCUGCGGACAGCCGGGACGCCUGCCCCCUCCCACCCAAGCAGGCGCGGUCAGAGAGCGGGGAGUGUGGCCCACCCACCACGGGCCAGGGCUCCGCCCUCCAGCCCAGCACAGACCCCAGCAGUGGCCCCCUUUCUCUAGGCAGCAGGCCCUUGGGGGGCAAGGAGGUGCCAAGGGCCACAGGCCCUGUGUCCCUGCCUGAAGAGGGAGCUGAGCGCAUGAAGCACAGAAGGAAACAGAAAACACCCAAGAAAUUCACGGGGGAGCAGCCAUCCAUCUCAGGAACCUUCGGACUCAAAGGCCUGGCCAAGGCAGAAGACAAGUCCCGAGGCUACCGUGCCAAGAAGCAGGAGGGGCCUGGCCCCGAGGAUGUCCGAAAGAAGGUGCCGGCCCCCGCCAACACUGUCAGCAAGGAGGUGCCGGCCCCCGUGGCCCACUCAACCCCAGGUGGCCCUGAGGAACAGUGGCAGCGGGCCAUUCAUGAACGGGGGGAGGCUGUCUGCCCCACGUGCAGCGUGGUCACCCGAAAGACCCUCGUGGGGCUCAAGAAGCACAUGGAGGUGUGUCAGAAGCUGCAGGAUGCCCUCAAGUGCCAGCACUGCCGGAAGCAGUUCAAGUCCAAGGCCGGUCUCAACUACCACACCAUGGCUGAGCACAGCACCAAGCCCUCUGACACGGAGGCCUCCGAGGGGAGUGAGCAGGAGGAGCGCGAACGACUGCGCAAGGUGCUGAAGCAGAUGGGGAGGCUGCGUUGCCCCCAGGAGGGCUGUGGGGCCGCCUUUUCCAGCCUCAUGGGCUACCAGUACCACCAGCAACGCUGUGGGAAGCCGCCCUGCGAGGUAGACAGUCCCUCCUUCCCCUGCACCCACUGCGGCAAGACCUACCGCUCCAAGGCUGGUCAUGACUAUCACAUGCGCUCGGAGCACACAGCCCCGCCCCCUGAGGAGCCCCAGGACAAGCCCUCUGAGGCCGAGGACCUGUUGGGUAUCGAGCGGACCCCCAGCGGCCGCAUCCGCCGCACGUCGGCCCAGGUUGCCGUGUUCCACCUGCAGGAGAUUGCAGAGGACGAACUGGCCCGAGAUUGGACCAAGAGGCGGAUGAAAGAUGACCUGGUGCCUGAGACGGCUCGGCUCAACUACACUCGGCCAGGCCUCCCCACACUCAACCCCCAGCUGCUGGAGACCUGGAAGAACGAAGUCAAGGAGAAAGGCCACGUCAACUGUCCCAAUGACUGCUGUGAAGCCAUCUACUCCAGUGUGUCCGGCCUCAAGGCCCACCUCGCCAGCUGCAGCAAGGGAGACCACCUGGUGGGAAAGUACCGCUGUCUGCUGUGUCCGAAGGAGUUCAGCUCUGAGAGUGGCGUCAAGUACCACAUCCUCAAGGCCCACGCAGAGAACUGGUUCCGCACUUCGGCAGACUCGCCUCCCAAACACAGGAGCCAGGGAUCACUGGUACCCAAGAAGGAGAAGAGUCUGGCAGGCGGGAAGAAGCGGGGCCGCAGGCCCAAGGAGCGGCUCCCUGAGGAGCCUGCACCCAAGAUGGCCCCCCGCCAGGAGGACUGGCCCCCAGGAGGCAGAGACAAGGGGGCCCAGGACUCCACUGGCCGGAAGGUUGCUGCAGGCACACCUGGGCUGGGGCUCCCUGAGAAGGGCCAGUGGCAGUCACAGAAGUGCAGUUGCCUGGAGGGACACUCACAGGCCGGGCAGAGCCUGGAGGGGUAGAGGGAGGGCCUACAGCCUGGGCCUCCGUGCCAUGGGGGUGGUGCAGAGUGGCCAGAUGCCUUUUGGCCCCGGCCAUGAGUGCUGCGUGCCCCACCUGCUUCCUCAGGCCCAAGGCUCGGGGUCCCUGCUUCUGGGCUGAUGAAGGUAACUCAGCAGCCUCGCCUCUCUACCCAACACUGGAACCCCAGCACCCCCAGCUACCUCCCUGGACAGACCCUGAGUCUGAUCGCUGCCGUGCUGACCUGGUGGUCCGACCCCUUCACCCUUCCUGCCUCUGGUUCCUCAGCUUCUGUUCUCUACCUCUCCAGGCCCACCCUCCCUGCCGGUGUGACCCCUGCUGUGCUUGGGCCCGACCCACUGGCUUGUGUCCAUCCUGGUGGGGAGAAAGUGGCCCCGCCACCGGGCUCUCUGCCACCCCCAGCGGUACUCCCUGCUUGGGGCAAGGGAGGGCCUCUGGUUUUCUGCUUGCAGGGCAGCAGGAGCUGGGGCCACGAGGAGCACGCUCUAGCUUGGCCGUCACUGUGGGCCUGGCUGGGAUCGCCUGAUCGGUUAGGGAUAGCCCAGUCUGGGCCCUGGGGCCGUGGGCGUGUUGGGCAGGGAACUGAGCCCCGCUCUGCGCUCUGCGUGAGCACUGCAGGAAGCAGCCUGACUGCUGGUCUGGCCUGGCUGUGGCCAGGCUCCUGAGGGAACACCCCACCCUUUGUUUUUACCUGCCCCUUUGUUUCUGGUUGCCGUGGUCUUUUGAUGUGAGAGCUGAAGGCCAGCGAGGGGCUCGCUGAGGUCACCGUAGGUUGAUGGGAGCUCGGGGCUGCCUUGGCUCCCUUUGGGGCCUUGAGGACAGCUAGACCUGCAGGUUGGGCAGGGUUCAGGCUGGAGUCCAGGGCACCUGGAGGAGUGGGUCCACACCUCUGGCCUCCUCCCUGGGCCCCGCCUGCCAGCUGUGGCGUUGCCUGGGGAGGAGGACACUCGGAGUCACUGGGUUUGGAUGGAGGCUGUUUUCCAUAGGGGGUGGGGGUGGGCUGAGGGCUCGGCCUUGCCGAUCCUGGACGAUGUGAAUUUUGAUACUUUCCUGUGUGCUUGUUUCUCCUGGGUGUGUAGUGGAUGCCAGUCUUGUGGCUGUGACAAGUAACAACCUUUUUUUAUUCUGUUUUUUAUACAAAACCUUACAACAAUCUGACAUUUUGGUGCUAAGGGUCUCCUGGUGCCAAUGGUGGAUCUGGGGACUGGGCUAGGGUCCCAGGGGUCCCUCCUCUGCUCAGGGAGGCAGUACUGACUGGGCACCCUUCUGCCUCAAGCUGCCAUCCUCACCCAGCCCUGGAGAGGAGGGGCUCCAAGCUGGUCUGGGCUCUCCUCGCCCUGCAGUAGGGGGACAAAUUCCCAGGGGCUGGGGGCCAGGUCACUGUGCUGCCGGUCUCUGGCUUCUUUGUCCAGAGCUCUGACCCUGGGCAGCCUGGCCUGGUGGUAUAGGGAGUGGGUGUAGAGAUGUGGAUUCUUCCUACCCGCACACAUGGCACAUGGGAGUGACCCAGUGUCAGUCAAGGUGGGCACAGGGGCUGGGCUCUGGGUGUCACUGUGGUGGGGAGCCGGUGGAGGUGGGUCAGACAGCCACUGCAAGGGCAGCCUCAGGAGGGGAGGGGAAGCAGGCGCUGACAGGAGCCCCAGGUACACUUUCUCUGCCCUUGUCACCAAUGGCUGGAGGAGGUUGGACCUCAGCACCUCUACUGGGGACAGCCGUCUGCCCCAGCCUCUCAGGUACUUGUCCCUUGGGGUGUGAGGGGCUGGUUUUUGCUGGGGGGUGUUUCCAGGUGACCCUCCAAAGUCCACAGAUAGCCCCUGGAGUGGGACCCCCGCCCAGAUGUGUGGGAAGAGGUGGGGUCUUGGAUAACUUGAUGUUUAGCACUUUAACCCCUUUUUUGUCUCUAAAGGGUGUGGGGGCUGCUGCCAAAGCGGCGGGUGGGUUGGACCCGGCUCCCUACACCCCAGUUCUGGUGGUUGAGUGCAGGGCAGAGCCCUGGGGGCUCAGCAGGAUCUGCCCACCUCCACUCUGGCAGGAACACGGCCAGGUAACCUGGCCUUGGCUGACACCUUCAGUGAGAGGGUCCAGAGUGGCAGACUCCAGGGUGCAGUAGGCACGGACUAUGCCCGAGACCCAGCCCAGGGCACAGUGCCGGGUCCCUUUCUGAACAUCUACCUCUGGCCCUGCCCACCCCUUUGCCCUGAGAACAGGAAAGGGCUGACACUUCACACAAAAAUAGGAUGCACUUUAUUUGCUUGUGCAAAGGCAGAUGGAUGAGGGUGUCUCCUGAUGUGACUGGUGGCCCUCAGCUGUAGCCUGCCCCCCCCCCGCCCCCCUGUUCCUCUGGUUCAGAAGGGAAUGGACGGGUGCACUGACCUGCGGGAGGCAGGGCUGUCCCCACGAGUCCUCGCUCUGCGGUCUCAGGAGGCUAGUCCUGGAACUGAGGUUCAAGGGGGCCGGCCAGUUCCUCCCGCCUGGCGGACACGCGUCCUUACUUUGGGUUUCUUGGUUUAUUUUUUUUAAUGCCAGUUCUCCGUACAUAAGUGCAUUUUGAAAGAGAGGUUCCAACUAUCCCUUGUAACCAUAUAUAUACACAUAUAUUCUAUCUACAAAGUGUUUAUUUGCAAGAUGUUUUGACGGCGGCGAGCUCGGGCCCUGCUCACCUCGUGACCGUCUGUCCCGGUCCUCGUCCCCGCCCCCAGGCCCCGAGUGGCACGGGCGGGCCAUCAACUGUAUGUAUUAAAAAUGACUGUAUCA